UAUAACUAAUGAGUAUUGAGAAUCCAACAUUUUCCCGCAUACUUCCUUGUUUAUUGCUACGCUGGAAAUCGUGGUAAAAAGAGAUCUGGAUGAGUUAAAGUUAUGGAGUGGUUCUCAAUGAUAUGGUUUUCGUUUCUGCUCGUUAAUGUUCAGCUUCUUGUCCGGAAAGCAGAUGGCACACAAAUUACAUGGUUUGAACCUCUUCCAGUUGAAACAGCAAGAAGUGCAAGUGAUAUGUUUGCCCCAAACGUUUCACGACAUUAUGAUGGGCAAGCUGCUACACUUCUGUGGAACCUUAGUCUUUCUCAAGAUCUAAGUCUCCUUUCAGUGGACAUUUAUUUCAAUUCUGAUAUUAUUGUGAAACUUUUGCCAAAUGGAGGAAGUGGUGAGAUAGCUGCUGCAUUCCGGGACCGCUUCCGUGUGAAUUGGAAUCCCCCUGGAAGAGUUGCUUUGGUUAUUUCUAAGGUUACAAGUGCUGAUGAUAAGGUGAACGGAACAUUUAGCUGUGUGGUGAGCACUUUAAGUAAUGGGAACUGGAGACGUAGAAUUCAAGUGGAAGUUGUAGCUCCAGUAACAACCCCUGAAAUUGGAGGUGAACGAACUGUUCGCGAAGGCGGUAGCCUACAGUUAACCUGUGAAGCUUCGGGUAAACCAGAUCCAAACAUCACUUGGACCCGAGGCAAUCCAGGGAACCAAGGAAAUAUUGGUGUGAAGCAAGCAGGAAAGGUGCUGACCAUACCAAUAGUUAGCAGGAAUGACUCCGGAACAUUCACCUGUACAGCACAUAAUGGUAUUGGUGAACCAAAAAGCCAAGCAGUUUAUGUCAAUGUUACUUAUCCAGCCAAAAUUGUUAAAUUUCAAGACGAGUAUAUUGUUGAACUACAACAAAGUGUAACUCUUAGCUGUGAAGCCGAAGGGAACCCUCCACCAACUUACACUUGGUUUCCAUGCGGCUUCAAACAAGUUUGUGACAAGAAUACUCUUAAUAUUUCAAGAGUCCUUGCAGAUGCCAACUAUACCUGCAGAGUGGCCAAUGCCCUUGGUUCCGAUUCAAAAUCUGCCGAUGUCUACAUUGGAGGAAAUAUUGUUAACAUAACUAUGGUUAUUACAAGUGAAGUAUAUGAAGAUGAAAAAUACAACCAAUCCUUAUUUCUGGAGAAAUUGACAGAACUGCUUAAAGAGGCUUUUGCUAGUAAACCUGGCUAUGAAGGAGUGCAGUUCCUAGAUGUGAGGCCUGGAACUAUAACUGUUGACCUUGCUCUGAAAUUCAAAUUUCCUACAAAGGAAAAAGAUGUUAUAACAACACUAAAUGCUGCUCUUAAAGAUGGAAAGCUAGGAGAGUUCAGUGUGAGUUCCAUUAAAGGGACUAGGCAUGAUGUGGCAACAACAUCACCAACUACAACACCAACUGACGGGUCUUCUGUGGGUAAGUCUUAUAACACUUCCUCUAAAACUUUUCCAAGCUGA